AUGGCAUCCAAAGAAGCUAUUGAUGUAGCAAAUAUAUUACGAUCAAUCUUUUAUCAAUUUGGUCCACCGAAGAUACUUCAGUCCGACAAUGGUCGAGAGUUUGUACCAAAGACACCUUUUGAAGUUGUUUUUGGACAACAUUCACGUAUAGAUGAUGACAUGUGGAAAUCUAUUUUUAAUCAUCAACAACAAAGUGAUAUAAAUAAAAUUAUUUUAGAAGAAGAUUUACCUGAUGAGAUUGCAAACAUAGUUAAAGAAACAGAUUAUGUUGAUUUCGAAUUAAUUUCUGCUCAAGGUGAUAAUGAUAAUGAUCGAUUGAAGACAAAUGAAAAAAUGACAAACGCUGAACAUCAAAAAGAAUGUAUUGAUGAAACUGAAUUGACAGUUGAUGAUGGUAGUUCAAAUAUUAAUGUGAAAUCUAAUGAUCGCCAUCGACGAGUUCGAGAAGAAGCUGAACAAUCAUACCUUAGAAAUGCACAAUCACAAUUAGUUAAAUAUAAAAUGAAUUCAGCUAAACGACAACGAACGUAUGUUAUUGGUGAUAUUGUUGGUUGA